AUGCGAACUGGGCCGCUUCCUGGGGGUCGCCAGGGCGCGCCUGGAGCUGGCGCUGGGCGCGGCAGCAUGCGGGACGCCAGCCAAUCCCGCCGACCGACCCGACCACCUGGUCGGUCGAACCCACCAUCCCCACCAGUAAGCUUGACGACAGCAGGGCCGGCAACGACCCAGCAUAUGGAGUCCGCUACUGGUGGAAACAAUAAAAAGACUCGCAUGAGAUGGUCAGCUGACCAAAAUAAAAAUGCCAUGCGAGCAUAUUAUAGGGCGACUGAGGGUGAAACCAACCGGACUGGGUACCGAGUGCGACUGCUCCGCGAAUUCAACAUCUUGGAACCCAACAUCACCCUCACUGAACAAAAUCUGGUGGACCGAGUUCGAUACAUCUUGCGCAGGAACAUCUUUAGCGCCUCCGAACUCGAACAACUAGGAUGUGCGGCUGUUUCCGCGGAAGCCCCUGAACCGAUGGGCGUUGAUGACCCACCCGAUGUGUCAGUCCUUUUUGAGGAGAACACCGGGGUGGAGACCAAUGCGAUCGGAGCGGGGGAAACUGAGGAAAUAGCUACCCAGGACAUGGACAAGAUCAGGAGAGAGCUUGAGGAGACGAUCUCUCAUUACCGAGGAAUACCGGUUGAGCAGCGCUCCCAGCUUCCUCGCGUUCCCUAUAGAGCGUCGACCAGACUUACCGUUGAGACCGUUAAUAAAUUACUGCCGCCAUAUUUGGAAACCAGUACUGACAUUGGUGAUACGGGAUCGAUACUAUACGCUGCGGCGGUAGUCGUGUGUCGAGCGGUGGGGAUUAACUUCUCGAAUACGGGAAGAGGAUCUCCGCAGCGACAUACGACACCUGCUUGGAGGCGUCGUAUCGAAACUCGAAUCGCUAAUGCCAGAGUCCUCAUCGGUAAGCUUACUGCUUUUAGGGCCGGUAACACAAGACCGCGAGUGAUGCGCUUUGUCAGGUCUGCAAUCAGUGAGAUAUCUCACAAUCUGCCCCAGGCAGAGCUAUUGCGAAUAGUGACAGUGCGCAUCGACACCCUGAAACAGCAGGUCGCAGCUUGGGGGAAACGCAUUAGACGGUACUCUGAAACAACAAGGAGACACCGUGAGAAUCGUCUCUUUGAAAGUGACCAAAGGAAGUUCUACAAGUACCUUCAAUCUGGGGCUCGGAAAGCACACAUGGGGCCACAACCCGAAAAGGCAGACCUGAUUGCCUUUUGGCGUGGAAUAUGGUCUCAUGCUGCUGAGCACGUCGAAGGUGCUUGGAUGAUGGAGCUGGAGGAAGCGUGUGUAGCCUUACCACCCAUGGACCCUGUUGUUGUCACAAGAGACGACAUCAGCGCAGCAGUCCGAAAAUGCCCGAACUGGAAAACUCCAGGGGUAGACGGACUUCAGACUUACUGGCUGAAAGGGUUCAACGCAUGCCAUGCUACCUUAGCCCGCCAAUUUGGAGAAGCAAUUGAGCACCGCUUGCUUCCAAACUUCCUCACUACUGGGGUCACUUAUCUAGCUCCUAAAUCCAACCGCUCCGCUGACCCGUCACAAUACCGCCCAAUUACGUGCCUACCUACCAUCUACAAGGCAUUGACAUCUGUACUGGCGGCCAAAAUUGCCAAGCAUAUAGAUGGCAAUAGAAUUUUGGCAGAUACACAGAAUGGAUGUCGGGCGGGUGGUCGCGGAACUAAGGAGCUUCUCCUGAUCGACACGGUUAUUGGUCAGCAGGUCAAGCGUAACAGACGCAACUUAUCCGCUGCCUGGAUUGACUAUAAAAAAGCAUUUGACUCGGUCCCCCAUACAUGGUUAACGAGAGUCCUGGAACUUUAUAAGAUCGAUCCUUCGAUCCGAGGGCUUCUCGGAACAUGUAUGGGGCAAUGGAGUACAAUGCUUUGUCUCCAAGGUAAGCGGCUGUCUGACGCGGAGGACCGAAUAAAGAUACGGCGGGGUAUUUUCCAGGGCGAUUGCCUGAGUCCUCUAUGGUUUUGCCUGGCACUAAACCCUCUAAGCUAUUUGCUUGAGAGAUUAGGAUCCGGAUUUCAGCUUCGCAGGGGUGGCCUAAGACUUAACCAUCUGCUCUACAUGGAUGAUCUCAAAUUAUUUGCGCCUAAUAGGUCCAGGUUAACGGAGCUGCUAAAAAUCACGUGUGAUUUUAGCAGCUCCAUUGGCAUGGAACUUGGGGUGGAUAAGUGUGCGGUUAUACAUGUGGAGCGGGGUAAAGUAACCGCGUCUGAUGACAUAACACCAUCUGGCGCGGCCCAUCUUAGGGUACUUACAGAGGCUGAAACUUACCGAUACUUGGGUAUGUCACAGAAUAUAUGUGUGGAGGGGGCGAGCGUGAAACAGGAUGUUGCCGAGGUGUUUUGUGAACGCAUGACAAAAGUUUUCAACAGCUAUUUGUCGGGCGUGAACAAAAUACGAGCGUUCAAUACCUGGGUCAUGCCCGUUCUCCUGUACACAUUUGGCGUACUCAAGUGGACUCAGACCGAACUGAACGCCCUGGACCGGAAAGUCCGCACAACUAUGACUCUGCAUCGGUUGCAUCACCCGAAAUCGUCAGUGAUGAGGCUGUAUAUCCCUAGAGGGUGCGGUGGUCGUGGCAUGUUAAGUGCCCAAUCGCUGCACAAUCGGGAGAUAUGCAAACUCAGAGACUAUUUCCUUGCAAAGGUUAGUCAUGCAAUCCAUGCUGAAGUCAUAGAAUGUGACAAAGGACUCACUCCCCUAUCCCUGGCCAAACAGGACUGGCAAAAGCCGGCGGUGCUCAGCAUUUCCGACAGAGAGGCCAUAUGGAAAGAGAAAGAGCUACACGGUAGGUUUCACAGGAUUCUGCAUGAACCUCAUGUAGAUUUCUUGUCCUCCGUGCACUGGCUGCGUUUCGGUGACCUCUUUGGGGAAACCGAGGGUUUUGUCUGUGCGAUACAGGAUCAGGUGGUUAAGACGAACAAUUAUCGGAGGUACAUCAUAAAGGACGGGACCCAGGACUUAUGUCGUAUGUGUCACCGUCCUGGAGAAACUCUCCGACAUGUUACUUCCGGUUGUUCCAUGCUUGCCAACACUGAGUACUUGCACAGGCAUAACUUAGCAGCUAGGAUUAUCCACCAAGAGCUCGCUCUGAAGUAUGGCCUUCUUGACGGAAAAGUGCCUUAUUACAAGUACGCGCCGGAGCCGGUCCUGGAAAAUAACCGUGCCAAAUUGUACUGGGAUCGGCCCAUCAUCACAGACAGGACUAUUCUAGCGAAUAGACCUGAUAUUGUGGUGAUGGACCUAGCAACUUCCAGGAUUUUCUUGGUAGACAUCACUAUCCCACAUGACGACAAUCUUGUUAAGGCCGAUUCAGAUAAACGGCUCAAAUAUCUGGAUCUGGCGCAUGAGGUUGUCGAGAUGUGGGGCGGUGUGUCUGCCGAGAUAAUCCCCAUAGUUGUGUCCACCAAUGGGCUGAUUCCUUCCUCCUUAAAACAAUAUUUAAGGAGGUUGGAUUUACCGGUAAAGCCCAUGACAGUGGGGAUACAGCGGGCAGUCCUGCUGGACAACGCUCGGAUAGUCCGCAGGUUUCUCACUCAAUCGCCCUAG